UACUUUUACAUUUUUUGAACCUAGAUUAAGUUUAAGUGGGGAAGGUACAUCCUUUGAACAGCAGGCAUCUGGAGCUGUUUUAGAUUUAAUGGGUGAUGAAACACAAGAUCUGCAAAAGAGAAAACAAAUGCUAAAGUGGGACCGUAAAAAGAAGCGAUUUAUCAGAGACACCAGCCAGGAAAAUAAGAAAAUAAAAACUGAAAGUGGGCGAUAUAUCAGUGCUUCAUACAAGAAAAACAUCUAUGAGGAAUGGAAGAAGAAGUACAAGAUCGAUGAUAGAGUAUCCGAUGAUGAAGCUGAAAAUGAGCGAAGAAAUCCAAGGAAGAAAGGUGGCCGUGGUAAGACUACUAUAUUUACAAAGGCUUAUUUUAGUGAAGCUUGCACAAAGGUGCACAAUAUUGCAGUGAACAAACCAAUUAACUAUUGUUAUCUUUUAUACUAAAGUAUUGAUCAAAAGCUAAACAC